GCUCAACGAACCACACUGAGUUCCGUAACAGAGUCUAGUUCAAGCAGCAGAAGGUGGAAAUCUAUGGGGCACGAAAACGCCGCCGUUUCAGAGAGCCAUCACGACGAAGCUGCGUCGCAGGGAUUCAAACUCGUCGGAUUCUCCAAGUUCGUGAGGAAGAAUCCAAAGUCCGACAAGUUCAAGGUAAAGCGCUUCCACCACAUCGAGUUCUGGUGCGGCGACGCCACCAACGUCGCCCGCCGCUUCUCCUGGGGACUCGGUAUGCGACUCUCCGCCAAAUCAGAUCUCUCGACCGGAAACAUGGUUCACGCCUCCUACCUCCUCACCUCCGGCGACCUCCGAUUCCUCUUCACCGCUCCUUACUCUCCGUCUCUCUCCGCCGGCGAAAACGCUACAGCCUCCAUCCCGUCCUUCGAUCACGUUUCUUGCCGCUCCUUCUUCUCUUCGCAUGGACUCGGCGUAAGAGCCGUCGCGAUUGAAGUCGAAGACGCUGAGUCAGCCUUCUCCAUCAGCGUAGCUAACGGCGCCGUUCCUUCCUCACCUCCUAGCGUCCUAGACGGAGCCGUUACGAUCGCGGAAGUUAAACUAUACGGAGACGUCGUCCUCCGUUACGUCAGUUAUAACGGAGGAGAAACCGAUAAAUCUUAUUUCCUUCCCGGAUUUGAGCUUGUGGAUGAUACGUCGUCGUUUCCACUCGACUACGGUAUAAGGCGUCUUGACCACGCCGUUGGAAACGUCCCCGAGCUUGGUCCAGCGUUGACUUACCUAUCGGGGUUCACUGGCUUUCACCAGUUCGCGGAGUUCACAGCAGACGACGUGGGAACAGCCGAGAGCGGUUUGAACUCGGCGGUGCUAGCCAACAACGACGAGAUGGUUCUUCUACCGGUAAACGAGCCGGUUCACGGGACGAAGAGGAAGAGUCAGAUUCAGACGUAUCUGGAACACAACGAAGGCGCGGGGCUGCAGCAUCUGGCUCUGAUGAGCGAAGACAUAUUCAGGACUCUGAGGGAGAUGCGGAAGAGGAGCGGCGUUGGAGGGUUCGACUUCAUGCCUUCUCCUCCGCCUACUUACUACAAGAAUCUCAAGAAAAGGGUUGGAGAUGUGCUCGGCGACGAACAGAUUAGGGAGUGUGAGGAGUUGGGGAUUCUUGUGGACAGAGAUGAUCAAGGGACGUUGCUUCAGAUCUUUACAAAGCCACUUGGUGACAGGCCGACGAUAUUUAUAGAGAUAAUACAGAGAGUAGGAUGCAUGAAGAAAGAUGAGGAAGGGAAGGUUUACCAGAGUGGAGGAUGUGGUGGCUUUGGCAAAGGUAACUUCUCUGAGCUCUUCAAGUCUAUUGAAGAGUAUGAGAAGACUCUUGAAGCCAAACAGCUUGUGGGUUGAAGAAGAAGAAGAAGAAGAAGAAACUCAAAAGGAUUGUAACUGAUAUGUAAAACUGUUUUACAAAAAUGUCUUCCACAAUGUAUAAACCACAACUCAGUAUUUUAAGAUCUUUGUAAUGAAAACAGAUGUAAACAACACAAAAAAAUUAGAUAAUAUAAGUUGAAUCAAACCCU